GGCAAAAUUGGAAAUAAAAAAAAGCUGUUGACAUAUUUGAAAAUUGUUGGAGAUGAUAAAAAUACCUUUAAAUUAAUUUAUGGAAUGUGGAUAACUUGAAAUUUUGCCGAAAUGGAUGAUGCAUUUGAAACAGAAUGGGAUAAUGAAGUUAUGGACACAUUGGAAAAAGCCGAAUACAAACAUGAUGAAGAAAAACCCAAACCAGAACACAUAGAUGUUUUGAAGAGAUUAUUUGGACAUAAGACUUUCAGACCAUUGCAGUGGAAAAUCAUUAACUCAGUCAUGAACCAGAGGAGAGACAACUGUGUGGUAAUGACAACAGGAUACGGAAAAUCACUCUGUUACCAGUUUCCUUCUGCUUAUAUAGGCGGUAUCACAUUAGUAAUAUCUCCCUUGAUUUCUCUCAUGGAAGAUCAGGUCUUGGCAAUGAAGAUAGCGAACAUAUCUGCCUGUCUAUUAGGUUCUGCCAAUAGUGAUACAUCAAAAACUAUUUCUGAAAUUGAAAAAAAAAAGUACAGUUUAAUUUACCUGACACCCGAAUUCUGCACAGGAGAAUUUGGUUCAAAUGUAUUGAGAACAUGGUACCAAGAAUUAUCGAUAACUUUGAUUGCCAUUGAUGAAGCACACUGUGUUAGUACUUGGGGACACGAUUUUAGAUUUCAAUAUAGAAAGCUUGGAUUUUUACGUGACAUCAUGCCAACUGUCCCAAUUCUAGCUGUAACGGCAACAGCUACUGAAAAAGUUAGAAAUGAUAUAAUUUCAUCUUUAAAAUUGAAGAAUCCCCAAGUUUUGUGUUCAAGUUUGGAUAGACCCAAUUUCUAUUUUGCUGUGAAUCUGAAGUCACCUAAUUUUAUGACUGAUUUGAAAAGUGUCAUGGAACAAGUACAAAACCAGCAGAAAUUUUCUGGACCUACCAUAAUUUAUUGUUUGUCAAGAAAAAAAACAGAGGAGAUAAGUGGUAUAUUGGAAGAUAUGGGAAUAAAGAGUAUGGCUUAUCAUGCAGGGCUUUCACUCUCUAUAAGGAAAAAAGUUCAUGAUGAAUUUGUUAAGGAUAAAAUUGAUGUAGUAGUAGCUACAAUAGCAUUUGGUAUGGGAAUUGAUAAACCAGAUGUGAGAAAUGUUAUUCACUAUGGCAUUCCUGGUACUAUAGAAGGGUAUUACCAAGAAGCAGGUCGAGCUGGUAGAGAUGGCUUGCCAGCAAAGUGUACUGUAUUUUAUAAUAGCAAAGAUUUUACUAGUCAUAAAUUUUUAGACAAAGCAUUAUCGCAAGAUCAGAAGAAGAGAAAAGAAAAACAAUUAGAGAUAAUUAAGGAAUAUGUUCAUACAAGGAACUGUAGGAGACAGUUCAUUUUGAAUUAUUUUGGGGAAAACACGUCUUUAACUGAACGACCUGACUGCUGUGAUAACUGUUUGAGGAAAACUACUAAUCCAAAUAAUGAGAUAUAUGAAGGCGUUGAUGCUGCUGGUAAUUAUGAUUUCACUGCUGAUGCAGAAAAAUUUCUACAAGCAAUAAAAGCCCUGAAAGGAUUAUAUGGUAUUGGCACUUAUAUAGCGUUCUUAAGGGGAUCGAAAGUUAAAAAAUUGGAGAGGUUUUUAACCAAUCAGUUCCAUGGUGUUGGAAAAGACAAAUCUGAAAUCUGGUGGAAGGAAAUUGCAAAAUUAAUAAUAAAAUUCAAAUAUGCUGUAGAAGUACCCUCUUCUUUCAAUUCUUUCGCUUCAACAGUAUCUAUAACUCCAGCUGGAGAACAAUUCCUGAAUGAUGAAAGGAAAUGUUUGAAGGAUAGCCUCACUUUAGAAAUGCAGACGUGUCUCAAGAAGAAUUCUAAUAUUUGGAUUUCGUCACAUCAAAGUACAUCUCAAGCAAAAGUUCAGGGAUUUAAAAUUGAGACCGUCGACCAGAUUAAGUUGUUUAAAAAAGAGGAAAAAGUUAAAUUGUACAAUAUGCUUCAAACUGAAAGAUUGAACCUUGCAAGGUCUGAGAACUGCAUGCCAUACAUGAUUGCAUCAAAUAAGGCUCUCAUGGAUAUGGCACAAACGAAACCCGUCACCCUGAAAGAGAUGGAAGACUGCCAGUUUGAUGGAUUCACAGCAGCAAAAUUGGCUAAGUAUGGGGAUGCAUUCAUAAAAGUAAUAUCAAAAGAAGUUAAUGGGAAAACUGCCCGAAAAAAGAAAACAAUUGAAGAAAUCUUGACCCUCCAUCCAAUGCCUGAGAUAUCAAACUUAAGUUCAUCUGCAGUAAAGUCUUUCCUUCUCCUCAAGUCUGGAAAGUCUGUGGAUGAAAUUGCUGUAACCAGAGGGUUUGUAGUAAGUACAGUAAUGGGUCAUCUUUGUGACUGCAUUAAAUUUGGAUAUGCAGUUAAAUUGUCACAACUUGAUAUUAAAGAAGAGGAUAUUCUCACAAUUAUCAAAGUCACUAAAGAAGUAGGAAUGGUUUUACUCAAUAUCAAAACAGCAUGUCCGGAUCAUAUCACCUACAACCAAAUAAAAGCUGUUGUAGCUUACCUGCAAGUUCGGACACAUCUAAAAAUGCUAGAAAUUCCAUACGAAGACUUUGAAGAUUGUGACUACUACCAGCACUUUUUGAACUCAAAUGAAACCUCAGAAACUAGAACUUGUUCAAAAGGAGAAAAUGAAAAUAGCGAAGAGCCCAACGAAGAUGAAAAACUGUCACAAUUCAUCAGAGAUCUAGAGGAAUGCAAGGAAACUUAUUCUGGUGGUGAUAAUAAUGAGCCUUCUACUUCAAAAACAACAGUUGAUUCUGAUAGAGAGAUGUCACACAGUUUGGACAACUUUACUGAUGAUGAUUUGGUUGCAACAUGUGAUGAACUUGAAACAAGUAUUAAUGCUGCUAAUGCCUCUACAUUGAUUCUUGACUCUGAUGAAGAUGAACCUACAGUUAAACGAUCCAAAAUUAAUUUUGAAUACUCGGCACUGGAAUCUCCAAAAUCAAGUAUGAAUCACAGUGAAUCUCCUCCACGCCCUAGCCAUUCCAAGAAGGAUCAAACAGAUGUCACCACCAGUGAUAGUAGGAUUGAGGUUAAUAGUGAAAACAAUGAUCCACCUAAAAAGGCUGUUGAUGUAAAAUUGCCACCAUGGUUGAUACACAAAAAAGUGGCUUGACUGUGAAAUUAUAGUGUUAAGUUAUUUGUAAGCUUUUGUUUCGACCUUUAGAAGUUUGUUUGUAUUAUAAUCAUUCAUUAUUAAAGAUUUAUACACAGAAA